GAUAGCUGUCCCAAAUUUAUGACAACAUGGUGUGCCUGUGUUGUAUUCGGUUUGACUAGAUUUGUUUACGUCCUUUCGUAAUAGUUCAGAAUGGAUACUGGCAAUUCCGUAAAGCAAGAACAAGCCACAUCUUCCAGCCAUUAUGUAUCUGGUAAAGAAGAAAGUAAACAUGCUAGUAAAUCUGCAGAGAAAUCUGGUCACCAGCUGGUAGCUGAUGUGACCCAUAGUAAAAAUAUACCAGCACAAUCAAUGAAUUUGUUAAAAACUCCUAGGAUGCCCUCAACUCUUGAUGACUUUGAAGUGCUCACAACAAUAGGAAUAGGUUCCUAUGGAACUUGCAAGAAGAUUAGGAGGAAAAAAGAUGGAAAGGUACUUGUGUGGAAAGAGAUGGACUAUGGUUCCAUGACCGAAUCAGAAAAACAGAUGCUUGUAUCAGAGGUUAACUUGUUACGUGAACUUCGACAUGAACACAUUGUCCGCUAUUAUGACCGCAUCAUUGACCGCAAUAACACCACCAUCUACAUCAUCAUGGAGUUCUGUGAGGGUGGGGAUCUUGCCACACUCAUUGCUAAAUCCAGAAAGGAAGGUUUGCAUGUUGACGAAAACUUUGCAUGGAAAAUACUUGUACAAAUGACUCUGGCGCUACAAGAAUGCCAUAGACGAAAAAAUGGCAAAGCUGUUCUUCAUCGAGAUCUCAAGCCUGCAAAUGUGUUCCUGGAUGCAGACAAGAAUGUAAAACUUGGAGACUUUGGACUAGCCCGGGUACUGCAUCAUGAAACAAGUUUCGCCAAGACCUAUGUUGGAACUCCAUAUUACAUGUCUCCCGAACUAGUCAACAAUAUGUCCUACAAUGAGAAGUCUGACAUCUGGGCAAUGGGGUGCAUGCUGUAUGAGUUGUGUGCUCUCUACCCUCCAUUCACUGCCACAAGUCAGACAGAACUUAAUCGCAAAAUCCGCAUUGGUGACUUUGCUCGUCUUCCAUCUCGGUACUCAGACCAGCUAGAUCAAGUGAUAAGGAAGAUGAUUCGAGUUGAGGUUGUUCGGAGGCCAGGCAUUGAGGAUAUUCUGAAUGACAGUCUUGUGGUUGGUAUGAGAGAAAGAUUAUCCCAUCGCAGUUCACGCAGUGAGAGUGAUUCUUCAGCACCGCCACCACCUGAUAGAAUCUUACGCCUUGAAGAGGAACUGCGUGCUAAGCUUAGACAGCUGGAUCUUCGUGAGAAAGAGCUUGACAGUAGAGAAAGAAGUCUUGCAUUAAAGGAGAAACUUGCAGAUGAUAAACUGAAAAGAGCUAUGGAGCUCCUGUCCCAGUGUAAAGGUCAAGGGGGCUCUGUGAUAGAUGAGAAUCUCUACUGCAGUCCCAGGGUGGCCGAAGGAUCCCCCACCCACAUCCCAGAAUUAGCCGAUCUAGAGUCUCCUCACUCUUGUCUUUCCAAAGGAAAGAAGGAGGCAGAUACCCCAAAGAAACGUGUAUCGUUUGACAUGUAUGGCAAGGAAAAUCUUCGUCAUCGUCAACGUGUCCCGGACUACGUGACAGAAGUGAAAGAUUAUGAUGACAUAUACACAAAAGAAUUGGCGAAACGCCAAGAACUGAAAGACCGAUUGAUCAAAGCAAAAGUUAGGGCCUUUGACUAUGGAGGAGUUGACAUAGACACAAAAUAUAAGGCCCGGAAUUUGUUAUACUUCCGUUGAUAUCUUUUAUGUGAAAUUUAUCGGGUUGAAAGUCUGAAUCAUGUGUCUUAUAUUGCAGCCUUAGGCUUUUUAUACAUAAAGAGAGAGAGCUAUGGAAGAAGUCAUCUCAGGAACUUUUAUAAUUUGAAAAACUAAUGCUUAAACAGUUCUUUGCAAGCAGAAUCUGUAUUAGAAUUUGCUUGUUGAGUAAUAAUGGCUGCCACAUUGUUAUGAGAGUUUUCACUCUCUUGUUUUAGUUCAAUGUUGCAUUUUGUUUCUGAAAUGUAAUGAUAGUAUCAUGCUGGUCGAUCACCUUUUGUCAAUAUAAAGGUCCCGCACUGAGUACAAAUACAUGUUUAGUUUUAUCAAGAAUCUGAAAAUGAUUGCUUUUAGGUAUGGCUAUUAAUAUUGUGAACAGCGGAACAAGGGUAUAAUUUGAAAUGGGAGAGAAUGUUAUUUGUGAUUCACAAUACAAAGUGCUGUGUCAUUUUGAAGGUCAUGGUACAAGAACACCCUGAGAGUCCAUGUUGGAUUUACUCAUGUUUCCAGUGGAGAUUUUUGGUUUGUUCCAGAAGUCAGGAAAGGAACUGACUCAAUACAUCCAUUAAACAAGUCCUACUUUCAUUUGUUAGACUUACAAAGUGCUUCAUGUUCAGUGUAUAACUGUCCUGUUCAUGAGAUUGAGGAACAGAACACAAAUUCUUUAAAAUCAGAUCUUUGUGCUCACUACCACUACCCUAAAAUCAGAGGACAACCAACUACAGCUCAUUUCAGGACCUUUGACCUCCUAAUGUAAUUACUGCAAGAGGAUGCCAACUAGCCAAUCAGAAAGCAGCUUCCUAGAGUUUUGUGGCACUGGUUUCAAAAUGGCAAUUCCAUUUCAGACUGAGAUUGAAAUUACUUUGAGGGUGUAUUGCACUUCACUGGAUAUAUUUUUGUCAGAUUUCAGUUAGCAUGACAUGGUUGAUCAAACUCACUGCCAGCAUGGAGUUAAGCUAGAUUAAUGAGUUAAUCUAAGGCCUACUAUAGGAUCAUGGGCACUAUCACAAAUACUGAGGUCUCAUCAUCAGCACGUUUCUGUGCAUACACAGUAGCCCCUUGAGAAAAAUAAUUGUAGUUUGUAACCUUUUCUUCAAAUCACAACUAACCUAAAGGAUAAUAACGGGGAGUUGGCAAGUGGUGCCCAGUCUUGAGGAUUGUGAAGAGGUGUUUGAUCAAAAAGGGGUCUUGAUUGGAAAGGGGAUCAAAGGACUGAGGAAUAACAUGGGAGUAACCUUCUCAAACCAAAACACAACUAACCCAAGAGAUCAGAGGCACACAAGAUCUGUGAAGCAGGAGCCACCAUGGACAGACUGAACCAAUUAGCACUCUUAAAUUGCAUUGUUAUCGAGACAAUGAUUUCAUUUGGAAUCCCCAAUGUUAACCUUUAAGAGGGUGCAUGGUUACAAAAUAUAUUCACACUUUGACUUGUGCAAUCUUGUAAAUCAAGCUCUGAUUGGUCAGAUGAACAUCAUUCUUGCGUGAACUCCAUGGGAUAUUCUUUGAUCUUUGUGUACCAGUAGUGAGCACUAAUAUCUGAUUUUAAUGAGACUGGAACAAUACAUUUUUUAAGCUAAAAAUGCAAAUAUUUUCACAGAUUUAAAAAAGAUAUCAUGAUGGUACAGAUCAAAACUUUUUAAAAAAAAAUUUAAAUAUUGAUCUUUUCUUUUUUUGAAAAAAGUAAAUUCUGAGUCAAAGAUUUUGAGAUGUAAAAUUGAAUUUUGAGUGCUAUUCUACUUGCAUUGUGUUCAGUAGUAAUGUAGUGUUAUGAUUUGCUUGUAAUUGCUGAAAGCCCUUGCUACAAGUUGUGUUGAGUGUGUUUACAAAGAAGUAUUUAGAUGAAAUCGUUCAUCAGUCAGUAUUUCAUUUAGGGACCGUUCAUAAUUUAUGGCUAGGGGGGUGUUUAUGGAGUAGCUUGUACAAUGUGAAUGACCCCCCUAAAAUGUAUGUGCAAAAUAAG